AGGAGGAGGAGCUUGGUUUUCUGGAAGCUCCGUGGAGCUGAACAUCCAGGCAGGCACACGGGCGACAGAGUGGAGGGGGAAAAGGCGACAGUUGAGGGGGCAAAAACCAUAAAUCAACGGGCUGAAAAAGUGUUACCGAGCCGAGGAGAAAGACACGGAGAGUGGAGCUGCGGAAUUGUUCGCUGAAGAUUUGAAUCCGCCCGUCAGUUGCACGCGACAGGAGGGUCUGUUUGUGUGCCUCCCUGAAAACAAGAAAGAGUAAAGGCUGCUCGGGAAGUGGAGAUCACCGUAACCCACCUGGAUCCUCGCUGUAACCCGAGCCUGAUGCACACCGUACACCGGGUCUGCGUCUCCCCCUCCGCGAGCACUUUAAACCCCGCGUAACAGGAGCAGACGCGAGCGGAGUAGUUUACGAUAAUGUUGGUUUGACAGCCACGUAUGGUUUGCUUUUUGACACGGGAGUACGAUACUGGGAAGCAGCGGGAAAGGCGGGGCCGAACCGGUGGACUCCCAAACUGGAUUAUUGAGCUCCCCCUGUGCCGACAGCGACGCAGCGUUAUUUGGGGGCGGGGGGUGGGGGGGGGGAAUCGACGAAGGAGGCAACAACUGGAAUUUGGAACCCGUUCUGUGGAACUCUUUAACGGCUAACGGCUGCCCUGCUGCGGACGGCGCGAGCGGGGUUUUCUCAGUUAUAUUUCUGUCAAAACGGCCAGCUCCUUGUGGCCUCCGUUCACCUAGUUUAUUUAGGAGCACCAUCAGGUUUGGGACCCAUAUUUUGGGGAUAAUUCCCCCCCCGGCCGGGGUCGGACUAUGGCGGACGACGACAUUCUCUUUGAAGAUGUGUACGAGCUCUGCGAGGUCAUUGGCAAGGGUCCCUUCAGCGUGGUGAGAAGAUGCAUCAACAGAGAGACGGGGCAGCAGUUUGCUGUCAAAAUUGUGGACGUGGCCCAGUUCACCUCCAGUCCUGGACUCAGCACGGAGGAUCUGAAGAGGGAGGCCAGCAUCUGCCACAUGCUGAAGCACCCCCACAUUGUGGAGCUGCUGGAGACGUACAGCUCCGACGGGAUGCUCUACAUGGUUUUCGAGUUUAUGGACGGAGCAGACUUGUGUUUUGAGAUCGUGAAGAGGGCAGACGCCGGCUUUGUCUACAGCGAAGCAGUCGCCAGUCACUACAUGAGACAGAUCCUCGAGGCGCUACGCUAUUGCCACGACAACAAUGUCAUUCACCGAGAUGUGAAGCCCCACUGCGUGCUGCUGGCGUCCAAAGAGAACUCGGCUCCGGUGAAGUUGGGCGGCUUCGGAGUCGCCAUCCAGCUCGGAGAGUCGGGACUGGUGGCCGGAGGUCGGGUAGGGACCCCCCACUUCAUGGCCCCCGAGGUGGUGAAGAGAGAGCCGUAUGGUAAACCUGUGGACGUGUGGGGCUGCGGAGUCAUCCUCUUCAUCCUCCUCUCAGGCUGCCUGCCUUUCUACGGCACCAAGGAGCGUCUGUUCGAAGCCAUCUGCAGGGGCAAAUACAAGAUGAAUCCGCGGCAAUGGGCCCAAAUCUCAGAGAGCGCUAAGGAUCUGGUGAGGCGCAUGCUGAUGCUGGACCCCGCUGAGAGGAUCACCGUCUACGAGGCUCUUAACCACCCCUGGCUGAAGGAGAGGGACCGAUAUGCGUACAAAAUCCACCUGCCAGAGACCGUGGAACAGCUGAGAAAGUUCAACUCCAGGAGAAAGCUCAAGGGGGCUGUUCUGGCUGCGGUGUCUAGUCACAAGUUUAAUUCCUUCUACGGAGACCCCCCCGAGGAGCUGCACGACUUCUCCGAAGACCCCACCUCCUCAGGACUGCUAGCAGCAGAACGGGCUGUGUCUCAGGUGUUGGACAGUCUAGAGGAGAUCCACGCUCUGACCGACUGCAGUGAGAAGGAUCUAGAUUUCCUUCACAGUGUUUUCCAGGACCAGCAUUUACACACACUGCUCGACCUCUACGAUAAGAUCAACACCAAGUCCUCCCCACAGAUCAGGAACCCCCCCAGUGAUGCCGUGCAGAGAGCCAAAGAGGUACUGGAAGAGAUCUCCUGCUACCCAGAGAACCACGAGGCUAAGGAACUCAGACGGAUACUGACCCAGCCUCAUUUCAUGGCCUUGCUGCAGGCCCACGACGUGGUGGCCCACGAGGUUUACAGCGACGAGGCUCUGAGGGUGACACCCCCCCCCACCUCGCCCUACCUGAACGGAGACUCGCCCGAGAGCACCAACGGAGACAUGGACCUGGAGAACGUCACCAGGGUGCGCCUGGUCCAGUUCCAGAAGAACACAGAUGAGCCAAUGGGCAUCACGCUGAAGAUGAACGAGUCAAACCACUGCAUCGUAGCGAGGAUCAUGCACGGGGGGAUGAUCCACAGACAAGGAACGUUGCACGUAGGAGACGAGAUCAGGGAGAUCAACAGCAUCAGUGUGGCCAACCAGACUGUUGAGCAGCUGCAGAAGAUGCUGGUAGGGAGUGCAGGCAGCAUCACUUUCAAUAUUGCCAGUUACCGGACGCAGGGCUCCUCGUGUGAGAAAGAGUCCCCCAACACCUCCACCAUGCAGUCCCCUGCCAACGGCCACUCCAGCAUUAACAGUUCUAUCUUGGACCUGCCGUCCACCAUUCAGCCCAAGGGUCGACAGAUCUACGUAAGGGCUCAGUUUGAAUACGACCCCUCCAAAGACGAGCUCAUCCCCUGCAAGGAGGCCGGCAUUCGCUUCCAGGUGGGCGACAUCAUCCAGAUCAUCUCCAAGGACGACCACAACUGGUGGCAGGGCAAACUGGAGAACACCAAGAAUGGCACGGCGGGCCUCAUCCCGUCGCCAGAGCUGCAGGAGUGGCGAGUGGCGUGUAUAGCCAUGGAGAAGACCAAGCAGGAGCAGCAGGCCAGCUGCACCUGGUUUGGCAAGAAGAAGAAGCAGUACAAAGACAAGUAUUUGGCAAAGCACAACGCAGUGUUCGACCAACUAGAUCUCGUCACGUAUGAAGAGGUUGUGAAGCUUCCCGCUUUCAAGAGGAAAACACUAGUUUUGUUAGGGGCCCAUGGAGUGGGCAGAAGACACAUAAAGAACACACUCAUCACCAAACACCCCGACAGAUUCGCCUAUCCCAUCCCACACACAACCAGACCUCCGAAGAAGGACGAGGAGAACGGGAAGAACUACUACUUUGUCUCCCACGACCAGAUGAUGCAGGACAUCAGCAACAACGAGUACCUGGAAUACGGCAGCCACGAGGACGCCAUGUACGGCACACGGCUGGAGACCAUCCGCAAGAUCCACCAACAGGGACACAUAGCUAUCCUGGACGUGGAACCUCAGGCCCUGAAGGUCCUGCGGACAGCAGAGUUUGCCCCGUACGUCGUCUUUAUUGCCGCACCCACUAUCACGCCGGGCAUCACCGAGGACGAGUCUCUCCAGCGGCUGCAGAAGGAGUCUGAGAUCCUGCAGACGACCUACGCCCACUACUUCGAGCAGACCAUCAUCAACAACGAGAUCGACGAGACCAUCAAGCACCUGGAGGAGGCCAUCGAUCUGGUGUGCACCACCAGCCAGUGGGUCCCCGUGUCCUGGGUCUACUGAUCGACACCUCGCAGCUCCAACGCCUCGGACAAACUCCCCGACCCUACACAGAUGAACUAUCAACUAAAAACCCAUGGGACCCUUCUCUUUCACGUGCGUUUCUGUGAAAGCGGCCACAAAGCAUUCGACAGAAAUCCCCCCCCCCCCCGAAACGCCGCACACACAACAAGCGGUGGACAAAACUACCGGACCCUCGCCCUGACAGACGACUUAGUCAUAGUGAUGUAUAAAAAACGGAUUUUAAACAAAAGUGAAUAUUGUCAUGUCUGUACUAGCUAGGAGGCAACAUUUUUGUAGAUGUUUGUUUUAAAGAGACAGUACGGCGUCCCGUCCUCCUAUCACAUUGUGGCUCUGUCGUGUGUUGUCGUACUAAAAACCAUCCGUAGAAAAACACUGUCAGGGCUAUCUGUCUCUCGGCGGACGGGCUUAAAAAGCACACAAACAAACCGCAAUGUCUUCUCGUGUAGAGAUCGUCAUUAUUUAUUCUUUCUUGUUCCCUUCUUGAAGUGUAACUACGGUUUGUUUUCAACCUGGACCCUAUUUUCCUACGUUUUUGUGACUAAUCAGUGAGGUUUCAUUAAAGGCGUUUUUUUUCCAACCGGUCUAGGGUCCAGUAUUAAGCGAGAUCAAGCUACCAUGUAAGUUGAUGGGGCAAAUGUCCAGCUUGUAUUUACCUUCACUAAAGUGCUCGUUUUGCCGUUGACAGACUCAGAUUAAUAUUCAAAGUGUCUGACAACAUUAUAGAAAGGAUUUCUAAGGAGGUUGGCUUUUCUGUUAAAGAGUAAGAGCCUUUAUUUAAACAUAAAAUCAUCUGCGAAAUUGUGUUCGCUAAACCCACCAGACUCCAUAUAAAUAAACAGUAAUUUAACCAUUGUAAAAUACACUUCAUUCAAAGUUGACAGAAACAAAAUACAACAAUGAAAAGCCGUUUUAGGUUGUGUUUCCACUUUUCCAACCAUCACAUCUCUAGUUUGGGUUGAAAUUAACACAGUUUACACACAGUUUACCAAUUUACAUGUGAAAAUAAAUUGGGUUUACACACGUUAAAAGUAUUGCUUUUUUGAAUGGAGUCUGGUGGGCUUAGCGCCAGCGACUUCAAGGCUGUUUCUGGUUAAACAGAAAGGUCUCAAAGAUGUUUCAAAUGUCUAUCUCUGAAGGGAUUAUAUAAUAAUGUUGUCAGACACAGAAUAUUAAUCUGAGCCUGUCAGCAGCAAAAGGAAAAUAGGGUCCAGGUUGAAAAAAGCGGUAGUUACCCUUUAACGCUGGGCCACAUCCUCCCCUAGCGAUCAUUAUUGUUAGCCAUCGGUACAGUUACAUUAUCACGCACCUUUCUACCCACCAGGUACUGUCUCUUCUAAAUAAAUCCAUAAAUGUUUUAGAGAUUUGAAUGAGGUUAUCAUGCAUGUGGACAUUUUGCAAGCUUCCAUGCAGUCAGUCAGUGUUCCCAGUGUCCCUCUGUAAACCUCCAAGAAAGAAAAGAAGACAAACACAUACAUAAAUAUUAAAAGAAAAAACAUUCCAGUUGUUGGAAGAGAACUCAGCCAAGGGAAGCAAAGAGGGUGCGACAAAAAACCGCAACAGCAACAGAGCCGGACGUUGACUUGACACCUAUGCACAUCCCUUGCAUUUCGGGUGACAUUUCUAAAAACCACAGAUUUAUAAAAAAAUAAAAAAAAAACUGUUAAUGAUCGACCAUGUAGUGAUGUGUUUGUAAAAAAAAAUACAAUAAAAGCCUCGGGGUUUUUUUCUUCUCUGUUUUAAUUUGUCAUACUCAAAAAAAAUGUCCCAGUUUUCCUCAUUUGUCAUUUCAGAAAUGUGAUGUCCAAGAGUGUCAAUGUUUCAAAAGUCUGCGAGAGAUGAAAAGAUGAUUUUUUUAUUUUUUUAUUCUGAAACUGUUGGGAUGCACCAAAUCCAGAUUUUUGGGGUCCGGCCGAAUACCGAAUCCUCCUCCCAUCCCCGGUCCGUUACCACAGUAAGCUGCAGCAUCUUAGCUGCUGUCUGUAGAUGCACAACUGUUUUUUUUUGGGAUGUUUCAUACCAGAUGUAACAGCGGCGACGUUGUGUGUUGUUUACGAUCCUCGCCACCACGAGAUCCGCAUUGCAAAUUGAACACGUAUCUUGACUUGAACGCCCUUCUUGGGACUGAAAGUACCGCCAAACAUCACUUUUUCCCCAUUGUCACUUUCUCACAGCCUACUGCAUUGAACACUCCACGUAUUGUACGUCAACACCUUCCCGUAAUCAGCGUUACGUCGACCAGCGUAGCACGUGCGUAGGGUUCAGUUGGUGAAAAAACAUUCUAGAGUUCGGCAGAAACCGAACACCGUAAAAAAGCCCAAUAUAUUCGGCCAAAUCCGAAUCCUGGAUUCGGUGCAUCCCUGGAAG